AUGACACCUGUGAACGACUCGUCGAUUCAAGUCGACGCGGGCGGUCUCGCGACGAAAUCGGAAUAUUUUUUCGAGGGCGCCGAAAAACUGCUCGAGUUGUGGUUCGCGGCGACGCCGUCGCAAUUGUCGGAGGGUCGAAGCCUUCGCAAUAUACCGAGAGAUCAGCUCGACAUGAUGCUUGAUGUCGCGCGAUGCAAAAUUCUUCAUUCGAAGCAUAACGAGUCGAUCGAUAGCUAUGUUUUGAGUUGGCGUAAAAAUCCGGGUACAAAACGUGAUCGAACGGUGACUCUAUCAUGA